AAUGCAUGAAUUGAAUUCUCCACUCGGCACCGUGACGCCUUAACCAAGCUCCCUAAUCGUUUGAUCUGAUCAAAUAUGGUUGUUCAAAGAAGCUGCUGCUCAACAACAUUGGUAAGCAAGGCCAAAAUGUAUUUUGUUUUACUUUCUGGAACGCAGUGAGGAAACUCCAAGACCCAUCUGAAUCGUCGCUCUCUAGAUCCACCUCCAAUCUAGAUUCUAGGGUAUUGAUCUGUCAUCUGUGCAGUUACUCGUGUUCAAAAGCGAUUGGCAUUGCGGCCGCUCUUGAUCCGUCGGUGGUGGGAUGAUAUAUGGGCUAGGGGUUCGGAUUUGAAGGAGCGUGUUAUUUUUGUAUGAGAAUGAGCGUGUUUGAUGGGACUUGAGCUGCUGAUAAGGCGAAUUAGGUUUCUCUGCUCGAGUGUUUGCAGGUUUUAGGUUUUGGAGGGGAACAUGUUUUGGAGGGAAACAGAGAGGGAGGACAGAGAACAGAAUGGAGGUCCGCCUUGUGGAUAUGUCAGAGUGCUUGUUGUUGGAGACUCAGGUGUGGGGAAGACCUCUCUUGUUCAUCUGAUUCUUAAUGGCUCUUCUGUUGCUCGCCCUCCUCAAACAAUUGGCUGUUCAGUAUGCGUGAAGCACACUACUUAUGGAAAUUCUGGUAGUUCAUCAAGUAAUAUCAAAGGUGACAGUGAAAGAGAAUUUUUUAUUGAGCUUUGGGAUAUAUCUGGACAUGAACGCUACAAAGAUUGCAGAUCUAUAUUGUACUCACAGAUCAAUGGUGUUAUUUUUGUUUAUGAUCUCUCUCAAAGAAGGACAAAGGCAAGCUUGCAAAAAUGGGCUGCAGAGAUUGCAGCAAUUGGAACAUUCUCAGCUCCUUUAGCUUCUGGAGGCCCUGGGGGUCUUCCUGUUCCUUAUAUUGUAAUUGGUAACAAGGCAGAUAUUGCUUCAAAAAAGGGUACAAGAGGGAGCAGUGGCAAUCUUGUUGAUGUAGCCCGCCAAUGGGUCGAGAGGCAGGGCUUUCUGCCUUCAAGUGAAGAAAUUCCAUUGACAGAAAGUUUCCCUGGCAGUGAAGGGAUUGUUGCGGCUGCUAAAGAAGCAAGAUACGAUAAGGAAGCUUUGAUGAAAUUUUUCCACAAGUUGAUCAGAAGGAGAUACUUCUCAGAUGACUUACCAGGUAGACCUUGGUCUACCUCUGUUCACAAACCACCACAGAAAUCACAUGAAAUUUCAAGUGAGGAGGAUCACCUGUACAAGAGUUCAAGUUUCAGCAGUGACCCUUAUAAAUACAAUGCACUCCUUCCCAUGCAUUAUCCACUGCAACCUGAAAUCAAUAGCAUUGCAUCUGCACGCUCAGAUCUAUGAUGAUCUUUAUUCUUUUGGUGACAUCAGAUUACACAGGCAGUAUAUUUUUGGCUUCUUGAAGUAUUCUCUGUCUCUGCAAAAUGUUCCUACUCAUUCGUCGACCCAUGGAAAUGGUUCUCUUUUCACAGUGUGAAAUAUAUAUCAUACAAUGACGAUUAUAGUGUAGCCUGAGACACAAUUGAGGUGACACGCAUAAUAAAAUAUGAACUCUCAUGUCAGGGCUCUUAUAAUUAUUGAAGUACUUGAUACCUUAAGCAGUUGUGAGGAUAACUUUGAGAUACUUGUAUUGAUAUAUAAGUUGUAUGUAUCUUAUAAAAGGGUUAAGAAUUUAUAGCCAAAAUACACUUAUUGAAAUAAUCUACUCUAUAUAAUGGUGCA